CGGAAGCCGAGAGGGGACUUGGGCGGAAGAGGGUACCAGGGCCGAGGCUUGUGUUCGGAACCUCGGUGGGGCUGGGCUUCCGAUGUGGUCCCCGGAGCGGGAGGCCGAGGCGCCGGCCGGAGGAGACUCCGCGGGCCUGCUGCCCCCCGAGUGGGAGGAAGAUGAGGAACGCAUGUCCUUCCUGUUUUCCGCCUUCAAGAGGAGUCGCGAGGUGAACAGCACCGACUGGGACAGCAAGAUGGGCUUCUGGGCGCCGUUGGUGCUGAGCCACAGCCGCCGCCAGGGGGUGGUGCGCCUGCGUCUGCGGGACUUGCAGGAGGCCUUCCAGCGCAAGGGCAGCGUCCCGCUGGGGCUGGCCACGGUGCUGCAGGACCUGCUACGCCGAGGGGAGUUGCAGCGGGAGUCGGACUUCAUGGCCAGCGUGGAUAGUAGCUGGAUCUCGUGGGGAGUCGGCGUGUUCCUGCUGAAGCCCCUCAAGUGGACUCUCUCCAACAUGCUGGGGGACAAUAAGGUUCCGGCCGAGGAGGUCCUCGUGGCUGUGGAGCUGCUCAAGGAAAAGGCCGAGGAGGUGUACCGCCUGUAUCAGAACUCCCCGCUCUCCUCCCACCCCGUGGUGGCGCUGGCAGAGCUGAGCACCCUGUGUGCCAACUCCUGCCCAGAUGAGAGGACCUUCUACUUGGUGCUGCUGCAACUGCAGAAAGAGAAGAGAGUCACUGUGCUGGAGCAGAAUGGGGAGAAGAUCGUCAAGUUUGCCCGGGGGCCACAUGCCAAGGUCUCCCCUGUCAACGAUGUGGACGUCGGGGUGUACCAGUUGAUGCAGAGCGAGCAACUGCUUUCACGCAAAGUGGAAUCCUUAUCCCAGGAAGCGGAGAGGUGUAAAGAAGAAGCCCGCCGAGCGUGCCGAGCUGGGAAGAAACAGCUGGCACUGAGGUCUCUCAAGGCCAGGCAGCGGACGGAGAAGCGCAUCGAGGCUUUGCACGCCAAGCUGGACACCGUUCAAGGCAUCCUGGACCGCAUCUACGCCUCCCAGACGGAUCAGAUGGUUUUCCAUGCCUACCAGGCUGGGGUAGGAGCGCUGAAGCUCUCCAUGAAGGAUGUCACGGUGGAGAAGGCAGAAAGCCUUGUGGAUCAGAUCCAGGAGCUGUGUGACACGCAGGAUGAAGUUUCUCAGACUCUGGCUGGCGGUGUAACCAAUGGCAUAGACUUUGACAGCGAGGAGCUGGAGAAGGAGCUGGACAUCCUCCUCCAGGACACCACCAAAGACCCCCCAGAGCUGCCCGACAGCCCCCCCGAGACGCUCCAGACCAACAGCGUGCCUCACCCCAGGAUCUCGGAUGCCGAGCUCGAGGCUGAGCUUGAGAAACUGUCUUUAUCGGAGGGAGGUUUGGUCCCAAGCAGUAAAUCUCCAAAAAGGCAAUUGGCACCGACUCUCUGAAGCAAUUACAGGACCUUCAUGUCAGAGACAGGCCUGUGUGUAUGUGUGUGUGUGUACAUAAUUAUUUAAAGGAGGAGAAACUUUGGGAGUUGCUUGGGAAGAGGAGGAAGGAGACCCGCUCUGUACCCGGGUGCCUGCACUCACACCAGGACGGACAGAUCGAAUCGAGGAAGCUGGCGGUGCCGCGGCGUGGACCUACCUUCUCAGCUCCAGAGCGUGCCACGAUUCGCACGCAGGUGUGCGUGUGCCCACGGUCCCCGGCAGCCUGCACUUUGUGCCGCUGGCCCCCAUUAGGUUUGUCUUCCCCCACCAGCUUCCUUGCAGCCAGGGAAGGAGGAGACUCGCAGCUCGGCCAAGUCGGUCUCUUUCCCCACUGCCUCCCUCCCUCCACCUCUUUCCCCCAACGGUGGAAGGGAUUGAAUCUGUCAGUAAUGUGACACCUACCGCUUGUCCUGGUCUGUUUUCCUUGGUGAACACUUGAAAGUUUUAUUCCAGGGGACUUGAGAAUUGCCGCUCAGUGGAGGAACAUGCAGUAUAGAAACCAUCUUAAGGGUCAUUUGUCCAGAUCCCCGGGUAUUUGAAGAGGCCACCCCGCGAGGCUCAGGAUCCAGCCGGCUGGGAGGGCCUCUGCAGUCGGUCCUGCUGCUGCCUCUUCCGUCUUGUGCAGGACACCUGCCUGCAGGGGUGGAGUCAUUCCUGGGCUUUUGAACUUAAACAGGGAUAGGUCCAGGUGGCUGCAGGGACCCCAAGUUGGGCCGAACCAUAAUCCUUUGUAAAGAAAUGACAGUUUUGCCUUGGGCCCGCCAUGGAAUACCUUCCAUUUAAAAGUUGUGUAUCCUUGCCAGGACACGUCACACAGACCCCGUUCUCUCUCCCUGAGUUUGGUCACAGCGGGCUCUGGUGUGUGGGUGUGGAAAGCCUUUACCUUGGUUGUUCUCUGCACAGGGCAGGGGAUCUGAGCCAGGAUGUGCAAUAGAUGCGGAAGGCGGUGGCAUUCUGCUGGUUGUGCCAUGAGCUUCCUCCAGGCCCUGCCCUGCCUUCCCCUGCCUCCUGUUUCUGUGCACGAGUCAGGCCAGGGUGCAUGGGUUCCGAAUGCUCUGGCAACAGGGAGAAGGCAGGUGACAGCCACACUGCCACCGAGCUGCCCAGGUGCAGGGCUUUCUGCCUGCAACGCUCUGCCCAUGCUUCCUGCUCCGUGCGGCAGAGAC